AUGUCUGAAUCCGAAGCACCGAAGGAUCUCCCUGAGAUGGAGUACCGCUUCAUGGGCAAGAGCGGACUGCAGAUCUCUGCCAUCUCGCUUGGUGGUUGGCUCACUUACGGAGGACACGUUGGCGAUGACAACACAUUCGCCUGUCUUAAAGCAGCCUUCGAUGCUGGGAUCAACUUCUUCGAUUGCGCUGAAGGCUACGCAAAAGGCGAGUCGGAGAAAGUCAUGGGCCGCGCUAUCAAACAUUUCAAUUGGAACAGGAAUGAUAUCGUCGUCUCCACCAAGAUCUACUGGGGCACUCACAACUCCGCCCUUCCUUCGCCCCGCAACAAGAUCAACAAUCUCGGGUUGUCAAGAAAGCAUUUAAUUGAAGCCACGGAAGCCUCUCUGCAACGCCUACAGCUAAGCUAUGUGGACAUUCUAUACGCUCAUCGUCCGGAUCGCUACACUCCGAUCGAAGAGACUGUGCGCGCCUUCAACUACCUGAUCAACACUGGCAAGACCCUUUACUGGGGUACAUCCGAGUGGCUAGCAUCGGAGAUCGAAGAAGCAUGGGCUGUGGCUGACCGCCUUGGCCUUAUUGGGCCUAUCGUCGAACAGCCAGGCUACUCGCUUCUUCGUCGAGACAAGGUCGACCAAGAGUUCAAAGACGCGAACCUCUACGGACGUCGUGGUCUUGGCCUCACAAUCUUCUCCCCACUCCAAGGUGGCCUUCUCACAGGAAAAUAUGUAGACGGUGUCCCCGACGAUUCGCGCCUCCGCCAGUCCGACGACCCUUACAUUCAAUCCGUCAUCAAAACUGUCGGGAGCGACGCCUGGAAUCAGCAACAAGACAAGAUCAAGAAGCUCAUGGACAUUGCUAAGAAGCUUGAUACUGACGUUGCUACCCUAUCUAUGGCAUGGGUCUUGUCCAACAAGAAUGUCUCAAGUGCUAUUACUGGUGCGUCAAGGCCAGAGCAGAUAUAUCAGACCGUCAAGGCGGUUGAUGUGUACAGGAAAUUGACAAAGGAGAACCUGAACGAGAUUGAACAAGUCAUGGGAAGCAAACCUGCGGAGCUCACCAUGAGAUUCGGAUAG